AUGAACAUUUCCAGUGGAAAAAGAAGAAUUACGGAAAAUUCUACACAUAGACGUUAUUCGCAUUCCUCAAGCCCAACUACUCAUCGAAAGGCAAAGGAACCAGCCAACAGUUCAUUGCAAAGGCUUUUCCGACCAAUCCAACCGAUCAGUACGUUUGUACAGCUCUUUCUGGAGCAGGGUGCCGUGCAUGGAUUGGCACAUCUGGGGCGACCAUAUUUGCACUUUUCCGAAAAACUUCUUUGGCUUGGGCUCAUUGUAACCUCUCUGUACUUCUCGGUUGCGUUGAGCUUCGUCUCCUGGGAUCGCUACCAGACCAAAGGGACGGUUGUGGCCAUCGAAAAGGAUCACUAUUACUGGAACACAUCGAUGCCUAGUCUUACCAUCUGCCCACUGAAGCGCAUCUAUCCGCCACUGCUCACCAAAUAUUGCAACGUCAACGGAAUCACGGAUAAAGCCGAUCAAAAUGAGCUGUUCCUUUUUCUCGAGUCACUUGCCAACUCAUCAUAUUUCAAUUUCGGCAACAUCUAUCACAAUGAGAAGGUUGAUCGACUCGUAGAAAUGUUACAGCUAGUACCGGAGAACUACAUGAAGGUGAUCUACAAUCUAACACGUGACCUAUCCCAACUCGAUGACCCGGAACUGCGUGUCCGUACGCAGAGUAACCUCGAGUUUCUCCGCACCUAUCAGACGCUCACCGAGUACGGCAUUUGCUACACGACCAACAGCUUCAUCUCGUCCAAUUUAACCGCAAGCCUGUUGCUGGAGGGUCGCGCGAAACCGCUGGAUCACUUUUACUCGACGCGUGUCGUGCGUGAUGUACGAUUCGGUAAUCUCUUCGACGGUGACAUCACGUACAGCUUUAUCGGCUUUGAGCCACCCAUUUCGAUCUUUUACCACAGCCCCUACGAAACGCUUAACAUUGCCAACUUCCAACCGCUUACCAAUGAAGCCCAAGAGUUUGAAACGUUUUCCUUCGAGCUCGUCAGUAACAACGAGUUCCGAGAACACACGACGAUCUCGCAACGGGGCUGCCGGUUUAUAGACGAAUCCAACCUGACGCAUUACUCCAUCUACACGAAGGGUCUCUGCCAGCAGGAGUGUCGCAUCAAUCUGGCCUUCAAACUGUGUGGCUGUAUACCCCAUUUCUAUCCCAACCCACCUGGCUCCUACGAAAAGACAGUUUGCCAUUACAAGCAGCUGAUGAAGUGCCUUCCCCGCUAUCAAAAACUGUUGCUCGAGUUCAAGCAGGACAGCAACGAUCAGAAGGGUACUGCCUGCUAUUGCGAGCCGAGCUGUAUCAGCUCGAAGGUUAUCAUCGAAAACAGGCAGGUUUUGAAGCAAACACAGAAGCUUAUCGGAAGCAUCGGUGGAUUGGUCGUGAUGAAGCGGUAUCCAUUGGUUCGCUUUAGCCGCCAACUACUGUUCACGUUCACCGAUUUGCUGGUAUCUAUCGGUGGAACGGCCGGAUUCUUUCUUGGAUUUAGUGUGCUGGGUAUGGUUGAAAUCAUAUACUUUUUCACUCUACGGCUCGUGUGGUACAUAGCGGGACGUCGUUGAAAAGCCGCAUCCAGCGAGUGCAUCACAAAUGGGACAGUCGCAAUUCUCGACAUGGAGACUCUAAUUGCACAAAAGCUAAGUGGCACCAUCAGUGUGAUAUAGAAUGAAUGUAAACUAAAAAAGAGACUGAAACAAGGGGUUGGAGGAAAAUCCAACCCAACUUAAUUUUUCCAUCAAAACAGGAGUUGACAACAGGAGAACAUAGAACGUUAGAGAGAGCAUAAUCUGCUUAAUUUUGUCGAGGCUAGCAAACGACAGUGGCCGUUUAGGUUAACGAUAUCGUGAACGUUCUUUACUCGAGGGCUGGAAAGAUAAUAUUUGCUAAAGUAUGCAUUUAGGUAUAAAACUAGUGCACGUAUUUAUGUCUCUGCUAAAAAAAACCACACCCGCAACAGGCACACAUAGACAUUUUCAGUCAAUAAUUUUCAUACCAUAAAGUUUAUUGAAUAUAACCGUACCUAAC